AUGUCUGGUGGUGGUAAUCGCGACACUCUUUCUGGAAGUGAAACAGAUUUUAACCUUCGGAAAACGUUGUACGUGCGAUGCAAUGGUUUGCAAACGAUGGAAUUAAGGCAACCCGGUCAGCCAUCGUCAUCACCGUCGUGCUCUUCAUAUCAAAGACCACCCCCGGUCGGAUCGAACCACCCGCCACCCGCUGACGGUGAUGUGUUGUUAUCCCGAUCCUGCCCAAUCACAGUGCGCGUACGUAGGAAAAGUCUCGCGAAUCUGCCCAGCAUACGCGAAAAGUUGAGUGCGAUUUUUGGGAUUCAGCUGCAGGAAGUGCUACAGCACACCGAUGAGCAGCAGUACCUGCAACAGCAGUUCAUCACCUUUCAGGUGCUGGACGAAACUUCCGGAUGCCAGGUAGCAGUAGGCAGUGCUCUGAGCGGUUCCCUCGUAUCUAGUGGCAACGGUGAUCUAAUCGGUCAAAUACAGCAAUUCAUUGACUCACUAUGUACGAACGAGGCCGAAGAUUCCAGCUAUGAUAGCGACUGCGACGGUGAGGAUCUCUCCCACGAGCAAGUGUCCCGCACGGCUAGCGAUACCCUGGGGCAAGAAUUUGCCGAGUACAUAAGCGUGGGCACUGGCCCAAGUACCGGACACCAUCCGCAACAUGGGAAAGACAUCUCGCCGGGUGCCAAUCCGCUCGGAUCUACCAUCACACCCCUGCCCGAACACUCGCCGGGCUAUCAGCAGCGUGUGGAAUUUGCACUAAAGCUCGGCUACACCGAAAAGCUGGUACAGGCAGCACUGCAAAGGCUGGGACCCAAUCCGGCCCAGAACGAGCUGCUGGCCGAACUGAUCAAGCUCGGUUCACAACCCGGCGCAAAAUGUGGCAGCGAAUUUACGGUCGAUCACGGGCACCACGGGGCGGGCGAAUCCGGCGGGCUGGGACUAUCCGCAGAACUGAUGGCUUCGGUAACUGGUCCCGGUGGGCUCUCGUCGAUGGUGAACGAAGAAUCUCUACGCCCGAUAGUGAUAGACGGAAGCAAUGUAGCGAUGAGCCACGGUAACAAGGAGAUGUUUUCCUGUCGCGGUAUACGGCUGUGCGUGGACUGGUUCAAGAACCGGGGCCACAAGGACAUUACCGUGUUUGUGCCAAAGUGGCGCAAGGAAAGCUCCAGACCGGACAAUCCCGUCAAGGAUGGCGAGAUAUUGAACGAGUUGGAGAAGGAGCGUAUGCUAGUAUUUACACCUUCCCGAUUAGUCGGCGGCAAACGUAUGGUGUGUUACGACGAUCGAUACAUUUUAAAGCUCGCAGCCGAUAACGAUGGAAUCGUCGUAUCCAAUGAUAACUAUCGCGAUCUGGUGCAGGAGAGUUCCGAGUUCAAGAAGGUCGUCGAAGAGCGGGUACUGAUGUAUUCGUUCGUGAACGAUCGCUUCAUGCCACCGGAUGAUCCGCUCGGCCGUUCCGGGCCCACGCUAGACAACUUUCUGCGCGUGCAGCCGCGCAAAGGUGACCCACCCCCACCCUGUCCGUACGGCAAGAAGUGUACCUAUGGGAAUAAGUGCAAAUUCUACCAUCCGGAACGGGGCAGCCUACCGCACAAGUCCGUCACGGAGCGACUCUCCGAGUAUGCAGCGCGACAUCUUCAAGCACGCAGCGGACACGACCCGUCGGCGAGUGUUGCUGCUGGACCCGGGGGAGGUGGCGCCGGUGGUCGCAAUGCAGUGCAGGGGAAGUCGCUCAGUGUUCCGCUGAGCAACAGCAGCAACGAGACUAGUCCAAUCAAUGAUAAACGGAAAGCAUUAUGUCGCACAAGAUCAAACGUACCUUCGGAAAGCGCAAAUACCGCGUACGGCGGAGGAGGCAUGGCACAUGCUCACGGUGGGCAUUCGGAUUUGUUGCCAAUUCCCCAUCCCGUGCAGCAUCCAGCCGUUCGUCAGCAGCAGCAACCACCGCCACCUCCAUCGCAGCAGUUGACCUUUCAUGCUCCACCAGUGCCAGUGGCCAGUAAUCGAGCCCUUCCGUGGGAUCUUUCCCCUCAACAACAGCAACAGCAGCAGCAGCUACACCAACAUGCCAGUAUGGUGGACGUGCAGCAGAUAUUUCCCAAAUCUCAUAGUAUAGAAAAUAUAUCUAAGGAACCGUACGGUGGUGGCGGUGGUGGUGGUGGUCAUCAUGCCGGACUCCAUCAUGGCGGUUGCUACGGCGCGCAACCACACUGGCCCCGGCAGCAGCCUCCGUCCCAACAGUCCCCUCAGUCGGUAUCAGGGACCGGUGGAGGAGCGGGUGCGGCGGGUGGAGUUGGAGGGCCAGUAGUACCAUCACCGUUGGACCAGAGCGAUCCAAAUGGGCUGGUGGAUAGUGUAAAUUUGCAUCGGAAGCUACAGCGUCAGCUCACCCUCAACCCGGCUGGCUGUGAUCCUCGAAUAUAUCAAAUGCAAAGGCUUCAGCAGCAAACGUCCCAACAGCACAAUCCCCCGCCACAAACCGCUUCCCAGCAGCAGCUGUCACCGCACCGACCAUUGGCCCCUUCCCUUAGUGGGGGCACCCGUCCUUCUCCACCUACCCAGUGGGAACUUCAUCAGCAUGUCACUCGUAUUGCUUCGGCUCCUGAUUCCACUCGACCCUGGGGUCACAAUGGACCACCGCCUGCUUCAUCCUCGGAACCGCAUAUCAACCUCGGAUGGUCGCCUAGCCCGGGUCAGGGUGGUCCUACGCCAGCGCUCCAGCAGCAGCAGCAGCAUCAUCAGCAACAGCAGCAGGACCGUCGGCGAUUGCAUUACCAUCUGGCCAGUAUCUUCCCGGAAGAUCAAGUACAAACCGUCAUGCAGAUGUACCCGGAAGAGACAAAUCCGCAGAAAAUAUGUGCCGCCAUUCUGGCCAUGUAUCAAAAGAUGUAA